GAUGAGAAUUUCCUCCCGUACGUGGUGAUCGUCAGCGGCGCGAGUGAAGACGUGACUUGGUAGCGGCAGUGAGGCGCAGUUCCCUCGGUGUCACGGGUGUACGCGAGGCCGGGGAUUUGGUUGCGCUCCUAGGCCAACAAAGUCUUAACGGUGGCAGAGCUAUGCGCAGCUGUGUGCGCAGCUCCAGGGCCCUGUCCCCUGUCCUGAUCCCUCGACUGCUCUCCGACGCGAGUUGUUGGGGAGCCAGACGAAGUCUGUCCUGCUCUCCCAGGCGCCUGACAGCUGCAGCAGAAGGCAAUUCUGCACCCUUGCCCAGCCAGGCCCGAGUGGUCAUAUGUGGUGGAGGAAUCGUAGGGACCUCGGUAGCAUAUCACCUGGCCAAACUUGGCUGGACAGAGGUGGUCUUACUUGAACAGGGCAGGCUCGGGGCAGGAACCACUAGGCUGUGCGCCGGGAUUGUCAGCGUGGCCAAGCCCAUCUUCAUUGAGAGCAAGAUGGCUGACUACUCCAAUACACUCUACGAGCGCCUGGAAGAGGAGACAGGAGUCAAGACUGGUUAUGUGCGAACCGGCUCCCUGUGUUUGGCCCAGAACCAGGAUCGCUUCAUCUCCUUAAAGCGCUUAGCCUCCCGCCUCAAGGUUCUUGGCAUCAACUGUAGUGUCAUCAAGCCUAAGGAAGUAGCAAAGCUGCACCCUCUAGUGAACAUCCAUGACUUGGUGGGGGCACUCCAUCUCCCAGGAGAUGCCGUGGUGUCUCCGCCAGAUGUCUGCCAUGCCCUGGCUGUUGCGGCAGCAAGUCACGGGGUGCAAAUCCACGAGCGCACGAGUGUGAACCACGUAUUGGUGGAGAAGGGCCACGUCACUGGAGUGGAGACAGACCGUGGGCCCAUCGAGUGCGAGUAUUUUGUCAACUGUGCAGGGCAGUGGGCAUACGAGCUGGGCCAGGUUAGCGAGGUGAAGGUCUCGGUGCCCCUGCAUGGCUGUGAGCACUUCUACCUGCUCACGAAGGCCCUAGAGCCACCCUUGCAACCCAGCACUCCAGUGCUGAUGGACAUGGAUGGCAGGAUCUAUGUGCGUGCCUGGCAGGGAGGGAUCUUGUCUGGGGGGUUUGAAAAGAAUCCAAAACCCAUCUUUACUGAGGGGAGGAACCAGCUGGAGAUCCAGAACAUGCAGGAAGACUGGGACCACUUUGAGCCCAUGCUCAGCGCCCUCCUGCGCCGCAUGCCAAGCCUGGACUCCUGCGAGAUCCACCAGCUGGUGAACUGCCCUGAGUCCUUCACGCCGGACAUGCGCUGCCUGAUGGGCGAGACGACGGGCGUGCAUGGUUACUUCGUCCUGGCCGGCAUGAACUCGUCUGGCCUCUCAUUUGCUGGUGGUGCAGGCAGGUACCUGGCGGAGUGGAUGACCUUUGGAUACCCUACUGACCACAUCUGGCCUCUGGACAUCACCCGCUUUGGAAACCUACAGAGCAGCCGCACCUUCUUGCGCCACCGGGUCAUGGAGGUCAUGCCCCUGCUGUAUGAACUGAAGGUACCACGCUGGGACUUCCAGACGGGUCGGCAGCUGCGCACCAGCCCCCUGUACGACCGGCUGGACACACAAGGCGCGCGCUGGAUGGAGAAGCAUGGUUUUGAGAGAGCCAAGUACUUUGUGCCGGCUGGAAAGGACCUUCUGGCUCUGGAUCAAAGCAAGACAUUUUACAAGCCUGACUGGUUCGACAUUGUGGGUGCCGAGGUGAAGUGCUGCAAGGAGGCUGUGUGCGUUAUUGACAUGUCCUCCUUCACCAAGUUUGAGCUCAGCUCCACGGGGGACCAGGCCUUGGAGCUGCUGCAGCACCUUUGUGCCAAUGACCUGGACGUCCCAGUGGGUCACAUCGUCCACACCGGCAUGCUGAAUGAGCGGGGGGGCUAUGAGAACGAUUGCAGUGUGGUGCGCAUCAGCAAGAACAGCUUCUUCAUCAUCUCUCCGACAGACCAGCAGGUUCGCUGCUGGGCCUGGAUCAAGAAGCACAUGCCAAGUGACCCCCAGCUCCACUUAGAGGAUGUCAGUUGGAAGUACACAGCACUGAAUCUGAUUGGCCCACGUGCAAUGGAUGUGCUCUCCGAACUCUCCUACGUCUCCAUGACCCCAGAGCACUUCCCGUCUCUCUUCUGUAAGGAAAUGAGUGUGGGCUAUGCUAAUGGCAUUCGGGUCAUGAGCAUGACCCACACUGGAGAACCUGGCUUCAUGCUCUACAUCCCCAUUGAAUACGCGUUGCAUGUGUACAAUGAGGUGAUGUCCGUGGGGCAGAAGUACGGGAUCCGCAACGCUGGCUACUAUGCCUUGCGCAGUCUGCGCAUCGAGAAGUUCUUUGCCUUCUGGGGCCAGGACCUGGACACCUUCACUACACCUCUAGAGUGUGGCCGUGAGUUCAGAGUCAAGUUUGACAAGGACACGGACUUCAUCGGCCGAGCAGCCCUGUUGAAACAGAGGCAGGAGGGCGUGUCCCGCCGCUUCAUCAUGCUGGUGCUGGAGGACCACGAUGCUGAGCUGGACCUGUGGCCCUGGUGGGGCGAGCCCAUAUAUCGCAAUGGUGAGCUGGCAGGUGUCACCACCAGCAGCGCCUACAGCUACACACUGGAACGCCACGUGUGCCUGGGCUUUGUUUCACCCCCACCCGGUGCACCCCCCAUCAUCACACCUGAUUUCAUCAACCGCGGAGACUACGAGGUGGACAUUGCAGGCCAGAGGUACCCUGCCAAAGCCAAGCUGUACCCUUUCAGCUCCCUUUUUACCCAGCAGCGUCGCCGCAAGGAUGACAUGGAGCUCAGCAAUUUCCAGGGCAAGUAAGGGCUCCCCCCUGCUUGAGUCCUGUAGAGGGCAUGGCCUCUCAGCUUUGCCCAACACAAUCAGCGCUCCUUACUCUCUUUCCAAAGUGCAAUACCAGUCAGGCCUGUUCUGUUUUCCCCGCUUCCCAAGCCUUUGUAUGAUUUUCAUUUCUCAUGGUUGUUUGCUCUGCGUUGUUCCUGUUUGUGCCGUCACAAUCUUUGAUGUGAGCGUGGUGAUUUGGGACCGAUGCGAUUCACACCUCCUUCGUCCUCUUUAACACACACACACCGAAAAGGCAGAUCUGACACAAUGCACCUUUUGUUUUUCACUGAAGAAUUGGAGACUUUUUUUUUUUCUUAAUUGUUCCCAGUUACUGUCUCCAGCUUAUGUUGUCAUCAGCAUAAGAGCUGUUUUAUUCAGUAUGAAUGUGUCUAUCAUAAAGAGAAACUUUUAUUUAGAACAUUUAUAGCUUUGUCUCUCAUUAGACAGUAGGACAUUGGUGUGGAUUUUUUGUAUGAAUAGUGCGUAUCUCAGUUAAUGUAUUUAUGUAGGAAAAUUUGUUCAAAGGUUUAUUUUGUAUGUUUUCAGUUGAACGAACUGGAGAGAGAAUCCAUUGUGUAGAGUAUAACCUAGAAUGGGAUUUCAUUGCUGACUAGUAUGUUUUAGAUGACUGAAUAGAGAGAUAUUAUUUGAACAUCAGUUCGGCCUGGAGAGAGGAUGACAUGUUCGAGGACUUAGGAGUCAACUGUACUGUGAGGGUUGAGAAGAUUAGUUGAGGUGUUACAUGUUCACAUGUCAUUUGCCCAGCUGUUCUUUAACUGAUUAUACGUGCAAAAGUUUUGUCCUCCUCAGUGUUCACAUCAUAAUUCAGUCAGCCCACAGUGUUGUGUCCAGACCUUUUUUUGCCAAUCAGUGGUCCUUGGUUUGAAUCGGUCAUUUAGAAAGCAUGUCUGACUGAUGUGGGAGUUUGAAUUUGCGCUCUUAUGAAGUCAAGUGCAGAAACAUCAGCCUCAUUGGUGACUCAUGGAUGUUACUGUGGGAGACGUGUCUGCAUCACAGUAUCAGUUCUGUCCCCCCAAUUCUCUUACUCUGUAAUAUGUGAAUGUUUAACAGAAUUUCUUCUUGAUUCCCUAGUGGGAGUGAAGCUUCUGUUUCAAGGUUCACCUGUGUUAAACAGUUAUGUUUGUUUAAUGGUCCUCAACUUCUGACUCUGGACUUGAGACUUCAUUAACAUUGAUUUUCAGCCAUCAGUGAAAUCCACAGCUUUCAGGGGGUUCAGCUUUUUAUGAUGUAAUUUUAACUGUUGUAUCAGUGGUAUAUAUUCACACUUCUGUCAAUGAUUGGUCUCUAUCCAUAUUUCUGUUUGCCGCUUUGUUUUAUUUUGGCAGUGUUGGUAAUGGUAUACAUUUCCUGGACUGCCAGUGCAACUCUUGCUCUCCUUAAGCUGAACGAGCUUGUUUGUUUUAUUGCAAGACCAUGGCAGGGUUACUCAACUGGCAGUCCUGGAGGGCCGCUUCCGAGAGCUGUUUGCUCCAGCGUGGAUAUGAAGCACCUGAUUCAGCUUGUCUUAACUGAACCCAUUGUUCCUGCAUUGAGCUUUUUAGUGGUGAGGAAAACUAGAACAACAGUUGGACCUCCUGUACUAUGAGUUGACAAACCUUGGAUGACCAUAAGCAGGAGGCGUUUCACUCCUGAGAUGUUCUCGUCUGUCGUCUACCGGUUUAGGCCACUUCUCCCUCCUGCUCCUCUCCUUUUGUGCCCAGAGCAGACAUGCAAAUGUCUACAUACUGAUGUAAGUUUACAGCUCUCUACAUCCCUGCAAUACUGCAUAUGAACUGUAAAGAUGUCUUGCAGGCUUAGACACCACUUGGUAAAAAGGAGAUGGGUAGGAAAAGAAAGUAGCCCUCAGGUUCGUGGAGGUUAACACGCUGCCUUAUUUUCAGCUCAUAUCGCUUAGUGGACUGGGAUUUUUCUUAAGGGAACUUGCUGUAAAAUGAGGAUGGAUAGGGUUGGAACCCUGUUUUGAGUGUACAGCACAGGGAAUUACUCUUCUCUGCUGCUGUCUUCUUGGCAGGAGAUGAAGGUGGUCUGUCAAUCAAAGUACAGUGAACUUCUCAGCUAGCACUCCUGUUAAAUGGCACAUUUUCAGUUGGGAGAGGAUUGGGUACAUAUCAGUAUCAAUACAUAAUGAAUACUGUGUUCUAGCUUUGGACUCUUGGAAAGCAAAAUGACACUCCUGUGUAUAACUAAACCAAAGAUUCCUGAACCCUCGUGACCAUUUCAGUGUGUCGUAUCUGGAGAUGUAAAGUGAAAAAUGUGCAACGUGUGCAGGUGUUGGGUUUGUUGGCUCUUCCUUCUGCUCGGCAGUGGUCUCCUCGCAGUUCUAGAAGUGCGUUGUGGGUACUUGAAAAUACCACACAAAGAAUUCCUUAUGUGUGGUGGUGGUGAAGUCCUAAUGAUGAUUUCAUCCGUGUCAUAACUGCAAAGGGGAAGAAGGCAGUUAUAAAGGAGUUUGGGGCCUUCGGUGUGAAGUGAGAGAUCACGACAAACCUCCUGGCUCUUUGUAUACAGAGAUAGAGGGUAGUUUUUAUUGUGAAGGUGCAGGCCAGUGUGUGCAGACUCUCCAUACUGUACCUGCUGUGCUCUACCUACUGCAGUACUGAGGGGAGAGGGCCCACUGGGGGGGGACGGUGCUACUUCAGCCCACUGCUUUAGCCCUGCACAUAUAGGGCUGGGAUCAGUUAGCCCUACUCUGAUGCGUCAUCCCACAAAGUGUCUUUAUGUUCAGGGUUUGUUUUGGGAUCGGAGUGGCGGGUGGGAUUUCAUCUUGAAUGUUUUCUAGUUUUCACAUGGGGGGGAAACUACUGAAAAAUAAAAACAGUAAUUCAAUGCUUUGAUUUGUACAGGGCUUGCGUGGAACUGGCAUUCACUCCUAGGCAAGCUGGAGCCAACACUAACAGUGAUGUUUUUGCACUCGACAGCAUUUGAACCUGCACCGAUUGGACCACUUAAAGCCCUAACCUUAGACGCUAAAGCUGAAACUUGCUGUUUAUGAUGCUGUUUAGACUAAGGGACACAAGCCAGUGGCUAUUACCACUGCUUUAAAAGUUUUCAUUCAACCCUCAUCUCUUCAGAGCCUUUGGAAGUAAUAGUUGUAAUGAUUUUGUGGAAUUUAACUCGGCCGUGAUUCAGAAAGCGAAGGCGAUUUUUGUAGCCAGUUACCUUUUUUUGUACACACUUACAGAACUCACAAAGUUAAACCUCCUUUGUGUUUUGAUAAAAGAGAAACGGUGACCCCCGUAAAACCCGUAAGCCGGUGCAGAAGUUAGUUUCCCAUAAAAACACGCGUGAAACCAAACUUUGUUCUUCUUUUGUACUUGGGGUGAGCAGAGUGCUGCUGCGAGCAUGGAAGCACAGGCAGCUUGUUGGAAUACCGGGCGUUUGCCCAGUACAGUCCUGAAACUGGAUUCUGGGAGGUUUGCAGCUCAACUCCCAGGUCUCCUUGUGGACCACAGCCGUACUCUAUAAGUAAUGAGCAAUCAGAGCUGAACUACAUGCACUGUCAGUGGGCACAAUGUAGCCCUCAGGCCUGCAGCUGCCCACACCUGCCUCCUUGGGGGGGGUCAUACUAGGAAGUCCAGCUCUGCUCAUAGAGGCUUACUGUCAUCCAGCAUGUUACUGAUGAACACCAGUAGAACACGAGGGGCUCCUGCUCUCCACAAAUGGGAAUCUUUAGGUACCGUGUGUGUGUGUGUGUGUGUGUGUGUGUGUGUGUGUGUGUGUGUGUGUGUGUGUGUGUGUGUGUGAGAGAGGAUUAUAUUCAAGCUGCACAUGUACUGCCCUGCUCCUGAUUUCUGUUGGUCUGUUUUCAGUAGUAGUGGCAAAAAACCCUAACCUGUUUCUUUGCACUCCGGCCACUUUCUUUGUAUCAAUACAUCGUGCUGUACAGGUAUGGCUGUCUGAAUUUUAUUGUUAAUAAAAUUUGGAAU